UAGCGACUAGCGAGUCCGAUAAUUUUUUUUUUAUUCCACAAUCAGUCAUCCCCGUCUCCCUCGCACACUCUGGUUGUUAAUGUUAAUGCGCUAUCAGUCCCGUCGGUCGGUCUCUUCCUUGCCGUCGGACGACGCGAACGAAAUACCGAAUUCCGCGCCGAAGCUGUGUUCCUUCCACGACCACCGCAGUCGUCCUGCUCGACGCGUGACAUAAUUAUUAAUUUCGCGCUCGUUCCGUGCGCGCCGCCGUCCAACGACCACCGCAAUACGCGCCAUCACGCACGCCGACGACGGCAGGAAACGGCCGCACGUUUUCGCCACUUCCGUUUUGAUUUUGGAAUGACCUGCGCCGCACGCCGUUCAUCAUGACUGUUGACUUUUGCGACUAUUUUUGGGGCGAAAAAAAUAAUGGGUUUGACAUUUUGUAUCAUAAUAUGAAACAUGGAUUGAUUGCUAAUAAGGAUCUAUCAGAUUUUUUAAGAGAAAGGACUAAUAUUGAAGAAACAUGUUCAAAAUUACUUGCAAAGUUAGCUAAACAAACAAGUAGUAGUUCAAAUACAGGAACAUUCAAUCCUUUAUGGCAAUUACUUCGUCUAUCUAUUGAGAAAUUAACCACUAUACAUAUACAGAUGGUGCAUAAAGUCUGUGAAUUAGUAAAGGAUGUUACUAAAUACACAGAUGAGUUGCAAAAAAAACAUAAAAAUGUAAAAGAAGAACAAAGUGGAACUUUAGAUGCUGUACAAGCCAUUCAGUCAACCACAUUAGCCUUACAAAAAGCAAAAGAUAUUUAUGUACAAAAAGGUGGAGAGUUGGAUAAACUCAGAAAAGAUAAUGCUUCUGCCAAGGACAUUGAAAAAGCCGAAAUAAAAUUAAAAAAAGCUCAAGAUGAUUACAAAGUAUUAGUUGACAAAUAUAGUAAUGUAAAGGAAGAAUUUGAGAAAAAAAUGAAUAUAGCGUGCAAGCUUUUCCAAGAAGUGGAACAAUCACAUCUAAAACAAAUGAAAGAUUUUCUCAACGUCUAUACUGAAUUAAUUGAAUCAAAUCAUGAAGAAAUUGGAAAGGUACAUGUUGAAUUUAAAAAGCAAUGUUUAGAAAUGACUGUGGACAAAUUAUUGGAGCAAUUCGUUUUAACUAAAUAUACAGGAUUAGAGAAACCAGAAAAUAUCGAAUUUGAAGAAGUUUGUCUGAAUAGCACUUCUAGUAGUUUGAAUCAGGUUCCGGACUCGUCGAGUGAUUCAAAAUCAGUUCAAGGAACCAAUUCACCAGUAUUCACGGGUACUCCACAAAAUUCAUGUGCAGCUAGUGUAGCGUCUGAAAAGCCUUCUACGGCAAAACGUGAAGGUAAUUGCCGUGUAAGGGACAAGAAAGAUGCUACCAAUUACCAGUCCUCCAGAGCAACAUCCUUACUCAAUAUAUUCAUCUCCAACUCCCAUGGUGCUUUUUCAAAAUCAAACAGAACUGUCAGUUUAAGUGCUGAUCACACAGCUUAUUCACUUCCUCAGAAUUCUAUUCGUGGAUCAAAAUGGUUUUUAAGGAGCAGACGAGACAAACGCAAAGAAAAGAAAACUAAAAAGAAAAAAGACUCUAGUGGUGAAACAAUUGGCAAAGAAGAUAAAUCCGACAACGAAGAAAAAGAAGAGGAGCCAAAAAAUAAUGCUCCAGAAAUAGAUGAUGAAGGAUAUUGUAUUCAGCCAUCAGGACAGUGGCCUGUUGACAAAGAAGAAACAUUUGAUUCUUCUUCUGAUUCAGAUGAAGAAAGAGAUAAAAGACUACAUGUUGAGAUAAAACCAUUAAGUAACGGGGCAGGUCCAAUAAGUGCAAGUGUUGAUGAAUUAAGAGCUACUGUUGAAAACAUAUCAUUAUUACCUUUAGGAGCACAUACUUUAAAGAAUCGACGAGGAUCAGUUAAUGAUGAUGGUACUAUGAAACGUUCUAAAUCUGUUUCUCAACAAUUGAAUACUGUAAAAAUAAGUAAUGAUCUGAUAGGACUGAAUUUGUUUCAACCCAGUGACCCUACUCCUAGCCCAGUUCCAGUUCAGCAAAGCAAUUCAAUGAAUAGUCCUACAAUAUCAUUAACUAAUAAAUCUAUUUCUCCGCCAAAUGUUUUUCCUGUGGUUUCAAGAUAUGCUGCAGACCUAGGCGACUUGUUUUUCGAUGUUGGAGAUGCUCAACAGUCUACUCCAAAACAGGGACCUCCAUCAACCACUCCUCCGGUGUGUUCUAUAUCUAUACCUCGCCCUCCCUCUCGACGUGAGAACAAUGGACCCCGUAAUCAACUGAGUCCAAUAAGUAUUGGCAGAACAGACAGUGUGUCAAGUCUUGAUUUUCGAUCUUCCGGAGUUUUAGGACCAUCUAGAGGACCAUCUCCAUUAACAAUUGGAUUAUGUGAUUCUAUUCCACUGGCUGUUGCUUUUCAUGAAAUAAUCCAUGCAUAUUUCAAAGGAUCAAAUGAAUCGAGGUGUCAAGUAAAAAUGUUUGGAGAUAUGAUGGUAUCGUUUCCUGCGGGUAUUGCAAAUAUUUUGGCAAAUAAUCCGAAUCCAGCAAAAUUAACGUUUCGAUUAAAGAACACUUCAAGGGUGGAAAAUAUUCUUCCGAACAAACAAUUAGUCAUAACUGAUAAUUCAUUUACAUCUACUGAUUCAACUGUUUAUGAGUUCAAUAUGCCAGCUUUAACUUCUUUAUUACGUAAACAAUUUGAGCAAAAUCCUGUUGCAUCUUAUUUUAAUGUUGAUAUUCUUAAAUAUCAAGUAAAAUUGCGCAAUACUGCAGCUGCUUCAUGUCCUUUCCAAUUAGUUUCGUUUUACAAGUGCAGUAAUACUUAUACGGAUCUUAAAAUUGGUUACAAGUUUAAUAGUCACUCGAUGAGUGUUCCUUCACCUUUACUAAAUGUUACUGUUUCAGCUAAUUUGAAUUCAGCUAUACGUAAUAUGCAGUCCAAGCCAACUGCCCAAUGGGCACCAGACACAAAAACAGUAAGUUGGAGGUUUGCAGAACUAGCUCAAUAUUCAGAAAGUCAAGGUUCCGGUUCACUAAAAGCAAGAUUUGAGGUUGACAGCUUAUGUCCAAUAUCAACUAUAGUAACUCAAUUUAACUGCGAGGGUACUACAUUAUCAGGGCUAGAAUUUGAGCUAGCAAGUAGUGGUUAUAGAGUGUCAUUAAUCAAAAGACGUUUUGUUGCUGGUAAAUAUAUAUGUGAUGGCGAACCAGAUCCCAAAAGCUCUACCCAACAUUCCACUGUGUCAUCAGAUUGUUAAUUAUCAGUUUCUUUAUUAUUUGUUUCCAUUUGUAUUUUUAUUUUAUUUAAACUCGAGUAUUAUAAUCUCAACAUACUUUUUUUGUUGACAAUGUUUUUGUUGGUUAUUUUAGUUCACGUUUAUUAUUUUCAUAAAAUAAUUUUACACUAUAAAUUAACUUCAGCUUUUAAAUAUUAUAUGAUUUUCCUUAACACGGAAGUAUGAUAACUAUUAGUUAUUAUUAUGCUAUUGAAUAAAACUGUCAGCUUUUUUUACGUUUUCAAGUUAAACUUCUUUUUUAAAAAAAACCAAUGAAAUAAGAAUGAAUUUUAAUAUUUAUAUAUGUGUAUUAUAUAAAACCAUAUAUUAAUUUAAUUUUAACAUACAAUUCUUUUGGACGUGAAAGACCGUUUUAUUACUCAGCAUUAGUCAAUAAAAAAACAUAUCUUUAAACUAACAACAAAUAAGAAAAUUAGUUUCGUUGAAUUUAAAAUUACCUAUUUGUUUUUAGGUAGAUGUAUUGAUAUCCGUAAAAAGCUUGCUUAUACAUUUUUUUUUUUAUUAAUUGAUAAAACAGUCUGCUGUAAACUUAAACUACAUUUAUACUUAUAUUAUAUUAUUCCAUAUACAAUUAGCAAUAAUCAAAUUUGUCUUUUAAUUGUCUAUUUUAAAUGUAAACCAAAACAAAAUACAAUAGAUCUGAUU